ACCAGUUUCUCUAUAGCUUGUGCGACUCAAGUUAUAUACCUGCCUAAGUAUCGAGUAUGUAGGAGUAAGGAAAUUCAAGAUAUAUCCCCCAGUAACUCCCUUGAAUCAACAGCAAUGACCUCAUCGACGCCCCGUACCACCAAGCAGUGGAUCCUCGCUUCGAAGCCCGUCGCCGCUCCGGUGCUCUCGGGACCUGAUGCGACAUUUAAACUGGAGACCGUCACGCUACCAGCACUAAAGGAGGGCCAGCUCCUGGCCAAGGUGAAAUACUUCUCCAACGACACGGGCCUGCGAAACUUCAUCCAGAGCACCGUCGCGCCCGAGCGCUUCUACGUGCCCACCGUUCCCUUGGGCUCCCCCAUGCGAUCCGGCAUCAUCGCAGAGAUUAUCGAGUCGAAGUCCCCGAAGUUCAAAGCCGGAGAUCUGGUUCUGGACUUCCACUUGGGCCAAUGGAGCGAGUUGGUCGUGCUGGAGGCGGAAACCUCCCAGCCCCUGACGCCGCUACCGAACAACCUCCCGCUAACGCAUUACCUCGGUGCUUUCGGUGCGUCGGGGCUAGCUGCGUAUACCGGCUUGGUCUAUGCAGGAGGUGCUAAGGCCGGGGACACCAUCGUGAUCUCUGCGGCUGCAGGCGCCACGGGAUCCAUGGCUGUACAGAUCGCGGUGAAACUGCUAGGUGCGAAGCGCGUGGUCGGCAUCGCCGGGUCGGACGAAAAGUGCGCCUGGGUGCGCGACCAGCUAGGCGCGCACGCGUGCGUCAACUACAAGAGCCCGACAUUCGUGGAGGACCUGAAGGCCGCGACGCCGGACGAGGUCGACGUGUACUUCGACAACGUAGGGGGCCACGUGCUGGACGCUAUGCUUACGCGAGUGAAGAGGCACGGGACGAUCGCCGUGUGCGGUGCGGUCUCCGCGUAUAACUCGGGCGAGCCGAUGGCGCUGGCGAAUUGGUUCGAGUUGAUCUCCGGCCGGAUCACCAUCCGCGGCUUCAUCAUGCUGGAUUACAUGGACAAGGCGCCCGCCAUCCUGAAGGAGCUUAUCGGGGCCGCGGCCGACGGCAAGAUAAAGCUGGGCGAGGGCGAGACGGUUGUGGAAGCGAAGAUCGAGGAGCAGCCUGAGAUAUGGAUGCGGUUGUUCAAGGGUGGCAACCAGGGGAAACUGCUGACCAAACUGAUUAUCUAGAAAACGAAGUUUUCUUUCACUUACCUGGGCGGUUACAAGCCAGUGGCUGGACUUGCUAAGCGGUUAGCACUAUUAAUAAACGUAAUAUGUGAUCGUACUGGGGUAUAUAAGCGGACCGUGCUACCUUGCGAUCUUUGUCAGUGAUAUUUCAAAUUUUCUAACUACCUGGGUAUAUGAAU